AUGGACGCCCUAAAACUAGCCUGUGUAGCUUGUUUUGUUUGCUCGAAUUUAGCUCAAGUUCCAAUACCGACACGUGAAGUGGGAUAUGUAUACAAACAAGGACAAGCCAAUGCAUCAAUUCAUAUCGAUGCCUUUCUGGAUCUUAUUUGUCCCGGAAGUAAAGAAUCCUUUCCAACCUUAAAGGCUGUAGCUGAACAUUAUGGACCAUCUAUACUACAAUUUACAGUCCAUUUCUUUCCAUUGCCGUAUCACAGAAACUCGUUUUAUGCCACAAAGGGUGCUCAUGCUAUGGCAUCUUUAACAGAAGGAAACAAGACAUUUGACUGGAUAAAACUGGUGUAUGAUCAUAUAGAUUCUUUAGUGAAUUCAGCAACCAACCAAUUUUCCGAGGAUCAAAUGAAAAUGAAAUUAGCAGAUCUGGCUCAUGAUUUGGGACUUAUGCCAGAACUCUUCAUUCCUUUGUUAGAUAACCCCACUAUUGAAGAAGAUACAAGAGUAGCCUGGAAGUACGCUUGUUCAAGAGGGGUGGUAGGAACACCAACUUUCAUGGUCAAUGAUGUUGUGGUAGCUGGUAGUCCAACAUGGACACUAAAUGAUUGGACUAAACUUAUUGACUCAGUUCUCAAACCAACAGAGCUAAGAAUUAAUCAUCAUGUAAAGGUACCGUUUUAUUUUAUUUUUUAA